AUAUUAGACUAGAUGGAGGCGAGUGUUGGAUUGCUUCCUGCGAGUAUUUGAAGGCACAUGCAGCCUCAAAACUUUGGACAGGGCAUCGCCACGUUUUGCUCACGCCUCUUUCAUCUCCUAAUAUUAAUACAGUAAUCGCUAGCUUGUGUUGGCCUUUCAUCCGGAACCUUAUUCAACGUCCUCGACCGUUUCAGUCUCUUGCUCGUCUUCAUCCUUCACAAGCCUCUCUAGACCUUCGAUCACCCAUCUUUAACCGGUUCGAAACGCCAUCAUGCGUACUGCUGCAUUCCUUUGGCUCGCUCCUGCAGCACUAGCCAGCGCCAUCCCUUCCUUCGAAGAGGCUUCUCCCGCCAUCUCAUUCGACAAGAGGCAGAAUGUGUCUCCCAACGUCCUCGGGGGCAAGAUCCUGCAGGCUGAUUUGUACGCUGGUGUUGCUGCCAUCAACCAGCAGAUCUAUCAGGCUACCCAGAAGCCUGACCAGUUCAAGAAGUGCAAUCCCCUGAACCUAAUUGUUCGCAAGGAAUGGGCAACCUUUACUACACCGGAGAAGAACGACUAUGUCAAAGCCGUCCAGUGCAUCUCCAAGCUGCCUCCUAAGACGCCCAAGUCUGAGUGCCCGGGCUGCAAGAACAGAUACGACGACUUUGUGGCAACACAUAUCAAGCAAACAUUUGCCAUCCACAACACUGGCAACUUCCUCCCAUGGCAUCGUUACUUCACCUACGCUUACGAGCAAACCCUCCGUAACGAGUGCGGUUACAAGGGCUAUCAGCCAUACUACAACUGGCCCCGAUGGGCUGACAACCCGAUGAAGAGCCCUACUUUGGAUGGCUCUGCCACCUCUAUGGGCGGUAACGGUGACGCUGGAUGCAGCAACCAGACCUUCUACGGUAUCCCCACCAAUGAUGCUCCUCUGAUCAAGAUCCCCAAGGGAACUGGUGGAGGUUGUGUAACGUCUGGCCCAUUCAAGGAUUGGUCUGUCAACCUUGGUCCUGUCUUCACCGACUCUCUCUGCACGCCUCCCAACCCGAUCGUCGACUUUACAGACCCCAACAUGGGACUUGGGUACAACCCUCGCUGUCUGAAGCGUGACAUCUCUGCCUGGACUUCCAGGCAGUGGACCAACGAUGAGAUGGUUGUGAAGCUGCUCAACAGCCCUGACAUGAAGACCUUCUGGUACGACAUGCAAGGUGGUGACCCAGCUUUCACCGAAUUCAUGGGUGUGCAUACGGCUGGUCACUUCACUGUUGGUGCUGACCCUGGUUCUGACUUCUUCACUUCGCCUGGUGACCCAUACUUCUACUUCCACCACGCCCAAAUCGACCGCGUGUGGUGGUCGUGGCAGAACUUGAACCCUGCCAACAGGACCAAUGCCAUCUACGGAACGAUUGCCCUGGGUGACCCUACCGCCCCUGCCACCAAGCUCACCGACACCAUGACUCUCGGACAUGCCUACCCUGGCAACAUCACUGUUGGUGAUGCGAUGAGCACUAUGGGAGGACCUUUCUGCUACACGUACAUCUAGAGACGGACCCUCGACUUUACUUCGACCUUCUUGUAUAUACUUGACCUGUACAUAUUCAUCCGGAUUGGUGGACUGUAGUCGAUUUGCUGUUGAGCUCAAAAAUAGACCAAGCACGCGUACCCUGUGCGAUGGAAGUAGACUAGCAACCCAGAACAUCCAUGGCCAUUUUUCUGAGUGAGCGCGUGAUGACUGCAAGCCUUGCCUGGAUCGCCUGAGCAUGAUGAAUCAGAAAAACCCAAGCAUAGCGAAUGUCGAUAUCAGAGUAGAAAGUGGAAACUAGCACGAUCUAACGCAUGUUCCGCAGCGCUAAGCGGUCACCAUACCUGGGCUGCAUAUGUCCCGCAACGAAUAUGAAUGG